GUUCUUGUUGUUGUUGAUGUUUGCGGUUGUUUUUGUUGUCGAUCGGCAAAGUGCUCGUUCCAAUAUGUAAUCUUGUGGGUGAACAGUGCAGGUGACAGCUGAUUUUUCACAACACGACGUAUCGUAACGCUGUUCGAUCCUGCAGUGACAUAAUGUAACAUAAUAACGACCGAUAUUUAAACGCGGUUCCCGCUGAUUGUGUGAAAACGGAUCAGCGUUCAGCGUUGUGUUAAAUUUUAAACGGCGUCCGAUGCAGCAGUGAGGACGGAUCGUGCCCGCAUAUAUGGAAGAGAGGCAAAAAAAUCAGAAAGAAUAAGACGAGGUGUGAAGGCGACAAGGAAGGGGAAACGGUGGCUUCGCGACGCUCCGUGCCGACGACGAAGAGGAAAGAUGUCCAGCGCCGCGGAGAGUCCUGACGAGAUGGGCCUCCAGUCCCACUACUCGUUGAGGUGGAACAAUCAUCAGGCGCACAUCCUGCAGGCAUUCGAGGCCCUCCUUCACGCGGAAACGCUCGUCGACGUCACCUUGGUCUGCGCGGAGACGAGCCUCAGGGCCCACAAAGUCGUCCUCAGCGCGUGCAGCCCGUUCUUUGAGCGGAUAUUCGCGGAGCACCCCUGCAAGCACCCGGUUAUAGUCCUGAAGGAUUUCCCCGGGCGAGAAGUGGCCGCGCUUGUGGAUUUCAUGUACCGUGGCGAGGUCCGCGUCGGCCGUGAGGAGCUUCCGGGCCUCAUGCGAGCCGCCGAGAGUCUUCAAGUGCGGGGCUUGGCGUCGUCCGAACCGCGACUCGCGAGCCCGCCCGAAACACCGACGACGGACCUCCUCCUCGGCGAGCCAUCGACGCCGGAAGGCGCCCAAGGAACACCGGAGGACGACGACAACGCGUCGGAGAGUCCGGCGCCACCCCGAGACCUCUACCACCACCGGGACCACCGAGAGAACAGAUUGCCGCACAUGGGCCACCUCAGCUUCUCCCUUAGAGAGCUGAGGGACUCUUGCGGCUCGCCGCUGAUGCCGCGGAGGAAGCAAGCUCGCCCGAGAAGAAGAUCGGGGGAGCUCCUUCCCCAGGAUCUUAGCCGCCCCCAUACGAACCCGACACCGAGUCCGCCCCCGGCCGGCGGCCUGAACCUUAGCAGUCAGCAGCAGCCCGCGGGACUGCAGCAGAGCCAGAACAACCAACAGCAACAGCAACAGCAGCAACAACAGCAAGAAGACAUGGCCGAGAACCUAUCGAUGAAGAGGUCGACGUCACCCGCCCCCGGCGAUCACGUGAUAAAGACGGAAAGCGAGACGGCGAGCAGUCCCCGCGGCUCUCCUCUCACCGGUACCAGUCUUCACCCCGACGGAUCCCUCCAGGAUUUUCCGGCGGGCAGCCUCCCCGGGAUGUCGGGGCUUUCGCUCACACCGCCGCAUCACCACAGCGAGUACCUGACUAGCCUGGGCCAGCUCGCGGCUCAGUGGCUGCCCAGUCAUCCGCAGAACCAGCUACCCCACCACCCCCGAGAGGGAAGUCCUCACAGCAGAUCGCAUCCCUUUCAGCAGCAGGAUUCGCCGCUGACGUCGAGGCGGUCCGUCGCCGUUUUCCCGAUGGACGGUGCGGGGCCUCUGGGGGGUGCCGGGAGCCUCUUUCCCCCCGGAAGCGGACUGGACCGGGGCUCGUUGCUGGCCGAUCUUCACGACAGCUUCAAACCGGAAACGCUUCACGGUUUGUUCGGGGGCGCGAGCCUGGGACACCACCCGGUGAAGAAGUCGAAGAAGCACCGAGGCGACGGCGAAGGUCCGAGGCGGUGGAGCGACCACGGACGACUUCCGGUCGGGCGGCCAAAGGGCCAGCACAGCGCGCCUCGCGGCGGCCCUCCGAGGUCAUGGACGAACGCGGAGUUGACCGAGGCGCUGCAGCACGUCUGGAACAAGAAGAUGACCACCUCGCAGGCCAGCCGGAUAUUCGGCAUCCCGUACAACAGCCUGCUGAUGUACGUCAGGGGGAAGUACGGGAAGAGCCUCAAGCUCGAACAGCUGAGGAGGGACUGCACGGGGUCGACGACCGGCGAGGUGAUGAACUCCCUGAACAACAACGUCAAGGCGGCCCAGCCGCCCUCGCAGAUGCCCCACGCCCUGGCGGGCCUCCCGCACCCGGGCGACGAGGCGGCCUUCUCGCAUCCCCUUCUCGGCGGCAAUCUUCCCCAGGGCUUCUUCCCCGACUUCGGGGCGGCUUUUCCGGUCCCAGUAAGCAUGGUCCAUCUACUGCCCCCCAGCGAACAGAAGGCCUACGAACCCCCGCCACCGAGCGCCGGGGGCGGCAGCAGCGACGCGAACCCCCGGAGCAGGAGCCCCUCACCAGUCGCCCACGACUCCUUGGUGCAAUCGACGCAGCCACCCACUGCCCUGCUUCAGCAGAACGGAUCCGACUAGGAACGGAACGGGAACAGGAAUGGAGCGACGCUACGCUUCGAAAGGGUCCUCGGAGUUCGACGGGGGAGCGGUAGGAGUAGCCAGUUGAUAUAAACGAGACUUUGACGCUGCACGUAUGUAGAAAACAAGAGUUGUAUGCAUAUAUACAUAUACAUAUAUAAUACAAUCUAUGUGUGUGUGUGUAUAUAUAUAUAUAUACACACAUAUAUAUAUAUACAUAUAGGAUAUUGUGAACAUGUUAAAAACAAGACAAAAAAAGAAACGGAAACACUCGCCCAUCAUUGUAAUAACAGAAUGCUCUUCACACAAAGACUGACCCCCUACCCCCCCACCCCCUCAUCAACGAGUGGUGGUUCAAACUGCGAUAAUGCGGUGCUUACUUCCCUCUUUGAAACGACGCAAGUUUCUCACUAUACAAAGCUGUAAUAUUACUUACUUACUUACUUACAUACUUACUUACUUACUUACAUUUACAAUACGCGUAUAAUAUGCAUUACUACUCGCAAGACCACAUCUCGCUGUGUUAUUCUUCGGCUUUAAUAUCGACGAUCAUUCUAUAGUGUUUUACUUACUUUUCCCGUAUGCAUGUAUAUACACUGUGUAUGUAUUAUCAUGCGAGAUCAGUAAGUCAAUUCCAAAGGACGAAAGUCAUCCAGUGUCGCGUUGAUAUUUCUCUUAAGGUUAUUAAACAAUUCCCGGCUAUAAAUGCGCUCGUCGCCAUUGCGUGCGUUAAAAUCUCUUUACUGCAAAUUUAACAUCUUCAACUAUUCAAUUAUAUACUCAAAUUAUUGAUGUACCUUAAUUGGUUAGAUUGACAUAAACGCGAACUGGUUAUUCGUCCGAUGAUCGCAGUUUCACAGCACCACUAUGAACAGUUCCUGCUACCUUGAGCGAUUAUACCAAAUAGUACUGUAUUAAAUUAUCGGUGAAACUAAAAGAAAGGGAAAAAAAUAUUCGAAACGGAGUGCGCCACGCUACCCUGAGACGGUAUCCGCGAAGCGCCAUCCAAGUUAAUUUCAAUUCACCAGUAACAGGUUUGUCAAAUCUACAAACAAGAUCACCAAGGAAAUACAAUUUUUUUCGCAUCGCAAUAUUCGUGAAAUUGCAGAUCAAAUUCGAAGCGUAUAUCUAACCCCAACAAUUUUUACAUAUCGCAUUAAACUUGAAACAAUCACGUCACUGUCCUCUGUCCUUGCUCGUGACUUCGAGUUUGAUCCGCGAAUUCGUAUCACAAAAAGAAAAGAAAACACAAAACAGCAAGUAAUAAGAUAAUAAUAAUAAU